AUGAUGACUCUGUUAGUCCAUGUUUUAAACCGUCAAAUGCGAACGGUUCCAAACAUGUUUGUGGCAUCGCUUGCUGCAUCAGACUUUAGUACGGGAAUUUUUUUCAAACAUUUUAUCGUUCUAUUCGGGAAUAGUUUCAAAAUGGCCUUUUGGCGAUGCAACGUGCCGAUUUCAAGGCUUUUCAUCAUCAACUUUGGCAUUAACCUCGGUUCACACAAAGGCAUUGAUGGCGGUGAAUAGAUAUUUUCGAAUCGUCAAACCAGGAAAGUACCGACAACUUUUUACCAAGACGAAGACCAAGACAAUGAUUGUUGCGCAUGGAUUUACUCAGCGUUCCCUUCUUUGUCGUUCAUGCUCAGGGGUGGGCAAAAAGUGGUGUACCAUCCCUUCAAGAAUUUCUGCCGCGUUCACCAGUUCGGAGGCAGCAGUGCAUUUUCAGCCAUUAGACUGGUACUUUACUUAGCUCUUCCAAGCUGCGUAAUCCUUUUUUCCUACUUCAGAAUCUUCCAGAAAGUCCGUAACCAUAACCAAAAUUUACACUUA